AUGCCGCCCAAGAGCAGCGCCAAGCAGCAGUCGGAGGAAGACCUGCUCCUCCAGGACUUCAGCAGGAACCUGUCUGCCAAGUCCACGGCGCUUUUUUACGGGAACGCGCUCAUCGUGUCAGCCAUCCCCAUCUGGCUGUUCUGGAGGAUCUGGCACAUGGACCUGGUGCAGUCCGCGGUGCUGUACGCCGUCAUGACCCUGGUCAGCACGUACCUGGUGGCCUUCGCCUACAAGAACGUCAAGUUUGUGCUUAAACACAAAGUCGCCCAGAAACGUGAAGACGCAGUUUCCAAAGAGGUGACCAGGAAACUGUCCGAGGCCGACAACCGCAAGAUGUCCCGCAAGGAGAAGGAUGAGAGGAUCCUGUGGAAGAAGAAUGAAGUGGCCGACUACGAGGCCACCACCUUCUCCAUCUUCUACAACAACACUCUGUUCCUGGUGCUGGUCAUCGUGGCCUCGUUCUUCCUGCUCAAGAGCUUCAACCCCACCGUAAACUACAUCCUGUCCAUCACCGCCUCCUCAGGAAUAGGCCCAUGCAUUUUAAUAGGACUUCAGCUCUUUCAGCUGGUGUCAAGCGGAGGUGAGCGAACGGAGCUGCAGGCAAACUCUUUAUCACAGUUCAUGCACUGA